AUGGUCUUUAAUUAUGUGUUCGAAUCGCGGAAAGUCUUGCGAAAAUCUGCGGAAAAAAAGAAAAAUAAAAGAGAUUUGAACCUUUUCUGCAGAGUCGGCUGCGUGGGCCUCGCCUGCGUAGAGGCCAGCAGACUCGCAGGCGCUGCUGCAGUGCUGGCCGUCGACCGCUGCAGCAGCAAAGAAGCAGCAGCAAGAAAGUUCGGAGCCACGCAUUUCCUCUGCACUUCAGAUUGCCAAAAUGAAAAAAUUCAAAAUAAAAUCUUCGAAAUCUUCCAAGGAGGUGUGGAUUUCUCGUUUGACUGCACCGGCAACGUGGGCAUCAUGAGGGCAGCUCUGGAAUGCACCAAAAAGGGCUGGGGAGUUUCUGUCAUCUUAGGCGUCGCAGGCCAAGGCGAAGAAAUUAGGACCCGCCCCUUCAACCUCAUUGUGGGCCGGCAGUGGCGGGGCGCGGCUUUUGGGGGGUGGCAGAGCCGCUCUGACAUGCCCAAGCUCGUCGACCUCCACAUGUCCAACAAAAUCGAGUGA